AGUAUUUGUGCUCACAAUAUGGUAUCUCCAAAGUAUAGCAAGUCUCACUUCUUGUAUCCCUACAGUCAUUUUACUGACUUCCCACACACCAUCAGUUUGUAUGUGGACUACAAUUGCCGUUUUAGUGCCAAGUUGUUCUUAAAGUUUAGAGAGUCUGUGAUCCCUGAGCUCGAGAAGCAAUACCCCGGUAAGUUUCAAUUUGUGUACAAUCACGUCAUCCAGCCAUGGCACCCCAACUCAGUAUUCCAGAACGAGUUUGGGCUUUCCAUUGCAAAGCUCAUUAGAGAAAGUGGCCAGCACAAUAGUGAAUUGUUCUGGGCAGUUUCGGAGUCGUUAUUCAAGAACAUCAUCAAGUUUUACGACAAUGCCAACUCCGAUAAGGGCCGUAAUGAGAUAUACUCGGACAUCUAUGAUGUGGUUUCAGGAGACAUCAAGUUGCCCUUCACCAAAGAGCAGGUGUUGGCCAACAUCGCUAUCAAACAGGUUGAACUGGAGGAAGACUUUAGUCAAGAGGGUAACGCUUUGGCGGUGGACUUCAAGUAUUUCACCCGGUACCAGAGGACUGUAGGAGUCCAUAUCACCCCCACCGUGUAUGUGAACGGCAUCGUGGCUCCCUCCAUUGAGUCGAGCACCGCUCCAGAAAAAGUGGUGGAGAUAUUUGCUUCCCAUUUGUAAGUCUAUAUAUUGAAAUAGUGAGUGUAUGGUUUUUUCAAUUCGCGUUCCCCAUAUUUUUCAGGCCCAAAUACACAAAUGAG